AUGUUCCAGAUGGCCUCAUUCAAAAUCAAACCCGAACAUUCUGGACCGCCCGAAUUAUAUUAUAAUGAAACUGAAGCAUCGAAAUACGCCUCAAAUUCGCAUAUCACAGCAAUUCAACAUGAAAUGGCUGAAAGAGCUCUCGAAUUAUUAGCAUUACCAGAAGGAAAAUGUGGAUUGUUGUUGGAUAUUGGAUGUGGAACUGGAAUGAGUUCGGAAGUUUUGCAAGAUAAUGGACAUUGUUUUAUUGGGCUCGAUGUUUCGUUGCCGAUGUUGAGUGAGUUUUUUUGGCUGGGAAAUUUAUAUCUAGAAAUUAAGCCAUGUUUUAUUUUACACAAAAAAAAAACAGAAAUUUUUGGAAUUUCUGGAACUUCAUAAUAAAACCCUCAGAUAUUAUCAAAAAAAUCUUUGAAUUUCAUCUUCUUUUUUUCCAGCAAUUGCAAAAGACGAUGAAGAUCUUGAAAGUGGUGAUUUUGUUUGGCAAGAUAUGGGAAAAGGAAUGCCAUUCAGACCUGGAAGUUUUGAUGGAGCUAUUAGGUUUGAAAUUUUUUCUGAAAAAUAUCAUCCUUUCUAUCUCUCUUCUUCAAAUUAACUUUUUCAGUAUUUCUGCAAUCCAAUGGCUUUGCCACGCAAAUUCAUCAAACGAAAAUCCACGAAAACGUCUCUAUUUCUUCUUUCAAUCACUUUAUGGUUGUCUUGGUCGAGGUUCUCGCGCAGUUUUUCAAUUUUAUCCCGAAAAUGAUGCACAAUGUGAUUUGAUAAUGAGUCAAGCGACAAAAGCUGGAUUUAAUGGUGGAUUGGUUGUUGAUUAUCCGGAAUCGACGAAAAAGAAGAAGUUGGUUGAUUUUUUUUUCCUAUGAAAAAUUGGAUUAUUGACCCAAAGUUUAUUUAUUUAUGAUCAAAUUCGCCAUUACCUCUGGCUUAAAUUUGAAAGUUUGAAGUCAAAAAAUGUUCUGAAAACAAAAAUAUUUUGAAAAAAAACCGUCUGGCAAUUUUUGGUAGCAGUAGUAUAUUGUUAUUCACAAAAUUACCAAUUUUAUAUUAAAAUAAUCGAAUUUUUUUCAAAAUUAUUUUUCGAGCUGAUUUUCAGUUUUUCCAAUACUGCCAAAAAUCAAUUUUUGAAAAACAAAACUUUGAUUAUCUAAUUUUUUAAGUUUUAAAUUAAAAUUCCAACCUUAAACUUUACUCAAAUAUUUUCCCAUUCAUAUUUUCUUUCCAGAAUUUAUUUGGUUUUGAUGACUGGAGGAGUUGCUCAAUUACCACAGGCUUUGAAUGAGGAAAAUGACGAAGGAAGAAGUCAAAUCGAUAACGCUGGAAGAAGUUUCGUCUGGAAUUCGAGGAAGAAUGAGAAAAUUGUCAAGGGUUCGAAAGCUUGGAUUGAUCAAAAACGAUUGAGACAAGCAAAACAGGGAAAGUAAGUUUGAGAGUUAAAUUUUAUAAAAUUCCGAGAGUUGAUCUAACUCCUUUUGUUUUUUUACGCCUACAUUUUCAAUUCCAAUUUUUUCAGAGAAGUUCGACAUGAAUCGAAAUAUUCGGGACGAAAAAGAAAACCUAAGUUCUAA